AGCCUAACCUAAAAAUGUCAAGAUGUUCAAAUCGCUUCAAAAUAUUUUAAAAUUACAAAAAAGGCAAUUGAGUUAUGCCCAAAUAAAAGAUAAAGAAAAAAUUCGCCGAUGGGCUAUACAUUCCUAUGGCGAUUUGAACGAAUUACAACUUAUCGAGUCCAGGUUUCCAAUAAUUCGCAGUCCCGAUGAGUUACAAGUUGAAGUGAGUGCGGCUUCCGUAAAUCCCAUUGACCUGUUGAUGUUGAAGGGAUAUGGAAAGACCUUAAUCAGCAUCCCUAGAAAUGAGUCAAUCGAAUUUCCUUUAACUUUUGGCAGGGAUUUCUGUGGAACAGUCAUAGCAAAAGGCCACAACGUCGGGGACAACUUCAACAUAGGCGACCAUGUGUAUGGUUUUACACCAUUACACAAACAGGGCACAUUCACUGAAGUUAUAACAGUGGACAAAAACUAUGUUCAAAAAAAACCUAAGCACUUAACAGAAACACAAAGUGCCUCUCUAGUUUAUGCAUCCAUGACAGCCUGGAGUGCUCUAUUUAUUUUUGGUAAUCUGUACUUCAGAAAUACGAGAAACUUGAGGGUUUUAGUUAUUGGAGGAUCUGGUGGUGUGGGAAGUGUGGCCGUUCAACUUUUGAAGUCUCAGAACUGUACAGUUUUCACCUCCUGUUCAACUAAUGCAGUUGACCUAGUUAAAGAUUUAGGUGCUGAUGUGGUUUAUGAUUAUACUGAUCCAGAUUAUCUGCACAAUGUUUCUUGUGAAAAGUAUCACAUUAUAUUAGACUGUGCCAAAUUCGGCGUUGAAAACGUGCCACAAAACUGGCAAUAUGAUGAAUAUAUAACUUUAAAUUCUCCAUUAUUAUUAAACACAGACAAAAGUGGUCUUUUAUGUGGGUUAGCAGAAAGUGUUAAAACUUUAUUGCAAACUAAUGUAACCAAAAAUGGCAAGUGGAAAUGGGGAUUUUUUGUGCCUUCUGGAGAUGGUUUCAAAUUUAUACAUGAAUUAAUACAACAAAAAAUGAUUAAGCCUAUUAUUCAUCGGGAAUUUUGUUUUGAUGAUUUGCCAGAAGCUUUUAAAUGUGUCUCAGAGGGCCAUUUAAGAGGAAAAGUUGUUAUGAAGAAUUAAUAUUCUAGUCUUAUAUUGUUAUUUUAAGUUUUAAUAAAUUAUAUUUGUUGCAUAAUUUUAUUAACUUAAUAAAUAUUUAAAAAAUUA